AUGAUUGAUGGAUGGGUGGCAAAUAACUCGCUGACAUGCCAGAACUGCAUGUACGGCAAUCACCAUACACAAGCGUGUUCGUUCGCUGGUAUGCCGUGGAAUCAGAACCCGAAUCGGGUCGUGUUCGAAGAAUGGAAUCAGCUGCGCAACCAAGGUGGUUGGCGCCAUGCUAUGGCUAAUGCAUACGUCCCACAGGCACGACAAGGGGGACAGCAUGCCGGUCAAGGUGGCCAGGCUAAUUACAACAAUCAAGGAGGCCAGGGCAAUUUCGGUUGCCACGGAAACUUCGGCGGUGGUGAAGGUGGCCAAGAGAACUUCGCCGGAGGUCAAGGGAACUUCGCCGGUCAAGGUGUCCAGAGCGGAGAAAAUGGCGGAUAUGGCCCGGCUCGAAGAGGCUUCAGAGGAAGAAGCAGAGGCCGUGGCGGCAAUCGCGGAAAUUACGGAGGUCAAGGCGGCCAGUGGAGCAAUGGUUGUCAAGGUGGCCAGAAUUAUGCCAGUCAAGCCAGGGCAAUUUCGCCGGUCGAGGUGGCCAGGGCGAUUACGGCGGUCAGCAGGGCGGCUUUGCCGGUAGAGACCAGUAUGGUUUCGGGCAGCAAGGAGGCGGAUUUACCUUCGCCCCGGCGAACGGUGCCGGUCAGGCGCAAGGUGCACCACUGCAGGUAA